CGCGACGACGCCGACGACGACGUCGAACGUUCGCGCAUGCUACGCUUCUCUUUCGAUCUUCCGGCCGUCCCGAUCGUGAACGUUCGUUCGUCUCUCCGUUUCGCUCGAAAAGAAUUGUCCGAGACGAAAGAACAAAAUUAAAUUUUCGACCGUCGAGCGCGGAAGAGAUUUUUUUUUCUUUCCGCGUCGCGAAAUUCUUUCCGCGAACGUGAGUGUCUAACAAUUCCGGACCGGUCUCGGAUGUAACAACGUGCUCUCAUCGGGAAUACUUAUCGGGGGAACUCGGCGAAGAUCAGACAUGCAGCUUGAGUAACGGGGUGAGCCCCCGCGCGCUGGUGGUCGGAUCUAUAAUUAACCGCGAAGAACGCGGCUGGCAGUAGAACGAGGUACGAUCUCCGCAAGAAAUCAAAUUGCGCACCGGGAGUGAAUCUCGUUCGGAGAAAAAGAUCUCGGAUCUAAAUUGAGGGUAGCGCGAAACUACGUGUGUGUGUUGAGCAAUGUCAUUGACGAAUCGCAGGUUCGUUGUGGGAUUUGCUACGUUUCGAUCAAUGCGUUAAAUCCAGCGAUCGAUACGACACGUAGUAACAUCAUCUUCAUUAGAGAAAACAAAUCUUUACACAUUGCAAGAAAGAGAGAGAGAGAGAGAGAGAGAAAAGAGCAUUAAGUUCGUUCACUGAAUAUUGAAAUUUGCCAGCGAUUAUGAUAACAAAAUGGGAGCGGAUUAACUCGCAAGUUUCGCGAAAGCGAAUGAACUGCGUGUGAAUCGCACGUAGGAAGGGAUUACUUUUCAAUAGGUUUUCCCGACUGUAAAUACGCAGUAACUCCAAGAGAAAUCGCGCGCGCUCUCUCUCUCUCGCGCGCGCGCUUCGUCGUCAUCGUCGUCCGACUUUAUCGCGAGAAGCGGGAAAAUUGGAAUUAGCCGCGUGACUCAUUCUCGAAGAGGAGGCCGAGAGUUCGGUCACGUUUUACGAGCGGAGUAAUCUCGCGGAAGCCCGAAUUAACAGCGACGUUAAGCGCCACGCCGUCGCUGCUACGUACAACGGAAAGGAGAAACGGGAGAAAUCGACAAAGACUCGGAAAUGAUUAAAGGCACUUGAGAACUCCGAAUGCGGGGAGAACGCGUCGCCAGCAUGUCCCGAUCGGCGAUUAAAAGACCGAUCGAUCCCCGGAAUUAACGCGAGCGUCAAACGAGCCGCGACAGAACCAUCAAUGCCCUAAUCAAUGUCACUCGCACCGCCGAUCGCCUUUUGCCACUCGUGACGUACAGGGAGAGAGAGAGAGAGAGAGAGAAAGAGCACGCGAUUUAACAGCAACGUCGAUAGUGACGAGUUUAACGUUGUCGAAAACGUCGUAUCGUGGUCGAAUCGCGAGAGAGCGGACAGGAGAAAGGGACGCGCUGUCGUCAUUUGUGAUUUCGUACUUUUGUUUGCGGGUGCAGCAUCCCCAAGAGUCGGCGACGAUCUCGCGCAACACUGUUUUCAUAUCGUUUUCGGAGGAGACGUCUGUGAUUAUGCGCGAAUGGAGAAUGAACUGUGGCGCGUGAGGGAGAGUGGCGGACGUUCUUAAACCCCGAUGAAAUGACAGUUCUGUGCGUGCUGUGGGCUAUUCUGUCCACCGUGGCCUCGAUCCUGGCGUGCUCCGGCUUUUAUCUACCUUACUGGAUUCAGGGACGACUACUGGGAAAGGCGGACGCGUACUUCAGUUCCUUUCGGCGUUGCAACUACCCGCGAAUCAGAGCACCCAACGCCACACCCGAGAUAGUUUACGAGUGUGCGAGGUACUCCAGCUUUUGGGACAUACCGAGUGCCUGGUGGCAGGCGAGUACAGUCACGAUGGGAAUCGGUGUCGCGAUCGCAGUAAUCGGCGCCUUGACGCUCUUGGCAGCAGCUUCGUCAUUCCUCCCACACAUUCUCAAAACACCCAAGCAUACGAGAAUUCUUGGUUCCCUACAAUUGCUUGCUGCAGCGAUGAUAUGCGGCGGACUAGUCAUGUACCCGAUAGGCUGGGAUAAUCGAGAGGUACGAGAAUCCUGCGGAAAGGGAGCCAACGUUUACAAUCUCGGAAAGUGCUCGGUGUCCUGGUCGAGUCACUUGCUGGUCGGCUCGGUGGCGUUGCUGAUGCUGUGCUUCGGCCUGAGCUUUUGCGCGGCGCGACACAAGCCCGCGAACUCGCACACGGACCCUCUGCGCAUUUGACAAUCAAGAUACUCCCAGUCGAUCCACGCCUACGCCUCGCCGUCGAAGACGACCACGCUCUCCAUCGUCACGGUCUGUUGAUCGCGCCUGUUGCGUACACAUAUGCGCCGUGCGUGUGAGUACAGCGAGUCGUCGUCGCCGUCUAUAUCUCUCCCUCGUGCCGCUUGGCGUAGCGCGAAACAAGAUAUAUAUAUACACGUAUGUUAUCGUCGCAUACAAACUACUCGUAACAUCUGCGCGUGCUAACGUGGAAUGCGCGGCGCGUGUUGCGGGCCGCUGCGGCAUGUGACGAGCGACUCUGCGCCCUCGGUGUGCAUCACGUACAUUUUUCAUUCCGGGCACAAAUAUGCAUUUUUUGCGCGAUUUCACUUCGGUUCGGUGCGCGAUUUUCGAACGCGAGAGCGCAUUUCUCUCGCGAAAUCGGUACCUACAGCUCGUAAUAGUAUUGACAAAACUUGAUACGAUACGGCGAAUGAACUUCACGUGUGUGAGCCAUUCCGUCGUGUGCUCCGAGAAAUCGAUGAAAUAAUUAAUGUAAACAUUAAAAGCGUAGACACGACUAAUUAACUAAUUGACAAAUUAACAUUCGUUUCGUUUUUCUUGCAUUAUAAAUGUGCUGAAAGACGUCACAAUUGAACUAAUAUUUUUUCUUUCUGUGAAGAUGACACGUGUUUGCAAAUUUCAAGACACUUUGAUAACACAUAUUUGUGAAUUAAUACAAAGUGUUUUUUAUAAAAAGAAAAUCAUUAAAAAUUACUACACACACGGUAGGUGUUUUUUUUUUUUACUCAUUGAAUUAAAACACACACGUUAAAACACAAUUCAAAUCUCAGAAGAAUGAUCGAACUCACAGAUUUUUGUUUUAAAACGCAUAUCUAUCCCCUCUCGAGCAAAUCUCACUCGCAGUCUUUGUACAUAGAUCUUGUACAUGUACGUAUGUAUAUAUAUAUACACACACACACACACGCGCGCGCGCGCACACACACUAGAGUGUGUCCUCGCGGCAGACGAAACGGUUUCGAGAGACUUGCUACGGUAUUUCCAAUUCGGUGCCGUAGUAAAGCCUCGACUGGAAGCGACGAAGCAAUUGGCAAUUCGCCUCAGCGGGACUUUCAGCACUUUCAAUUCGCACGGGGAGUCCCGCUCGCCGAGCGUGUGCACGGUGGCGCGAGAGGAUCCCGGACGGAGAGACACGGACACUCCUCCCCUGUGCGUCGGAAGUUCGCAUUCAGAUGCGCCGUAACGAUCACGAUGCCUCCAGGUGGACUCCUGCAGCACACUCCUCUCGAGAACCGGGAAUCACUGUGUUUCCUAUAGCUCGAAAUCUUUCGGGUAUAUCGAUCGCGAAGGCACACACAGAAUAAUGUACCUUCCGAAUCUCCAGAGAGAUUUGAACGUUCUUCUCUUACGUUUAUUCUCAUCUUGGAUCUUCUCUUCAAGAUGUUUCGUGAAAGUAAUUUGUUGAUGAAUGGCACCGAGUGUUUUUCGUGAAAUCUAUCCGUGAGAUCCGGAUGUUUUCGAGAACGCUUGUGUUUGCAAAGAAAUCUGUCGUAUCUUUUUGGUUUCGCGUUGAUUUUUUUUUUCAUUUGUUUUUUUGUAAUUUAAUACGAAAAGGAAUGAGAAAAACGGUUGUAUAUUACGGGCGCGGCGAGGAGAAAUAUAUAUCAUCGCGGUUGGUCUAUUAAGUGCCAAGUAAUUGUUGUCCAUAUUGAAUCGCGCAAAAGUUGAGAAAAUUGGAUUUAGCCAGACGCGGGCGGAAAAUUUAGCAGGUAGCGAAAUCCGCGUAAUUAAAAGAUAAAAGGAUCAGAGAAGGUCAGAACUCUCUCUGGGCUCUCUCUAGGUGCGGGCGGUAGUUUAUUUGUAUCGCGGCUUCUAUCUAAACUGUCGGUCUUUUUUAAAUACAGGAGAAAGACGAGUUGAGUUCUGCUAAGUAAAAUAUUUCCUCGUUUAAUAUUUAAUAUCUCUCCCGUUUAAAAUUCCAAUUAGAUUCAAUUUUAAGAGUGUAAACACACACAUACAUUUGUUUUUUUUUUUUAUGUAUUGUACAUUGGCGGCGCCGCUUCGCGCAAAAGCGCUUUAUUUUUAUCAUCGCUAAAAAACAUUCAUCAACGCAACUAGCGCCUUUGCAAGGUUUUUGUUAAAGAAAAAUCGGCUGCAAUUUGGUCGCAGAAACUCGCCGUGUGUAUAGACAGAUAUUCGUGAAUAUUGAGCUUUGCCUUCCUCUUUGUGUGUGACUGCUAGAUAAAAAAUAGCCUGCGAUUGUAUCUGUGCGAUAUGUAAAAAAAAAAAAAAAAAAAAAACGUAAUAUUCGGCGUGUAUGUAACCAGAGUGUAUGUGUGGUACCACGGUAAAAUUCACAAUUGCGAACGCGGUUGAAUUUCACGUGCUGACAGAAUGGCGCGCACAAACGAUGGCGUGCGUUAUUCGGUGAAGGUAUCGCUAUUGGAUGAAUAAAAAUCCAAGCUGAACAAACACAUUGAAGCAUAUGCGGAGGGGAUCUCUAUGCACCGCUUACUUCUUGCAUCGGAUUAAUCGGAGCUUUUAUGUCAUUCAUAUACGCAAGCACGCACACGCACGCGCGCGCGCGCAUACUCGCGCAUGCAUGCGUAUUUGUUUUGCGCACGAAAUAACGAGCUCGUUGUGGUUUUCGCUACUGUUGCGCGUCUGAUAAAAAUUGUUUCACUGAGUGAGUAAAAGAAUCCGCAGUAAUAUGGCUACUGUCUCUAUUUUGCACUCUCUCUCUCUCUCCAUCGCGUACUUUUCUUUUUCUUUCGCGUGCUUUCUCUUUCUCUCUGUUUCUCUUCUUUUUCCAAUAAUGCGCAUCCUAAAUUUACACUAACCACGAAAAUUAUCACAAAUUCCAACUAGUAUUUCAGUUUUACUUGUUAUUAACUCGGAACGAAAUCACGUCACGUUCGUCCUCCUGAGCGCAGUUUAUAAUAUGCUUUACGAAACUGCUGGAACUACUUGAAAGCUUUUUGGAUGAUUCAUCCCUCGCGAGCUUUAUUUCGGACUUGCUUUUCAACAGGUAGCGUUACCAAAAUCCACAGGUUCCGGACGAAUAUACAUUAAAUUAAAUUCAAGAUACUUUUUCCAAAAACAAAAAACUCUUUACAUCAUUAAACUGUCAUAAUUAGCUAAAAUUCUGUUAAUGCCUACUACGCGCACGUAACAGUACGUAACACCGAGAGUUAAUUAACUUUUACCGAGAAUUUUUUUUCCUCUGAUACUUUAAAAGCACGCGUCAUACCUGGCCAUUUUCCAACGUAGAGAAACUUGAAGUAACUUUCGUAUCUUUCAAACAUCAAACUCGAUUCGCUCGUUAACUCGUGAUUCGCUCACAGUACCACUGGAUCCUACGGCAACGUGUUUUUCUCGAGUUGUAACUUUAGGCUGCAUCACCGUGAAGUCCCCCGGGCGGAACUUAGUAGAGAGUAGAAAAAAAAAAAAAAAAAAAAAGGAUAGGAAGGAAACGAGCAGCCGCUUCUCCGGAUCUAUCGAUCGAUGGGGGGUCGUCGGUUUGCUCUUCUCUAUCGUAUAUAGAAGAUACGUACGUUCCGUUCCCUCGAGAAACUUUCGCGGUAAAAUCUCCCCGCGUUCGCGCGUGCGCAUUCUCCGUCCCAUCUCUCAUUCGUCUCUUCCCCGUUCUUUUCUUCUUCAUCCCUCUCUCCCUCUAGCUUUUUUUUCUUUUAUUUUUCGCUAUGCGUUUCCACACGCCGCCACACCGAUUUCCACUUUGCCUCUUAUCGACUUCCGCCUUCCUUCCUAACCUAAGGACUCCCCUGGCCAUUUCUCUCGCGACCAAGCAACACCACCACCACCACCAUCACCGGCCAGUGUGCGAAAGGUGGAGAAAAGAGAUAGCCGGAAACGCGAGUUCGUUCUCGUGACUAAUUGAGCUAUCGGUUCACCGAGCGAGAGAUACGAUAGGUCGGAGAUACGACGGCAGAGGAGAAGAAUGUGUCUCGAACGAACUAACCCGUUGUUCCACCCCUGAUCUUUCGCGACGUGGUCUUUGUGUUUUCGCUCUCUCACAAGCACUUAUCGUGCGGCCGAGCGCAGAGCAAGCGGCAGCCAUUUCGCUGUCUCCAUAAACGUACUGUUCUGUAACCGGUUAGCUUGCUUGGCUGUUCUUAGAAAGCCCAUAAAGAUCGCGAGCGAAUUCCUACGUCAGUUUAUUCUCUCUCUCUCUCUCUCUCUCUCUCUCUCUCUCUCUCUCUCUCUUUCUUUCUUCUUCUCUUUCUGCUAAUCUUAGUUUCGCCAAGACCAUUUCCACUCUAUAAUUUGGUUUUUCGAGUUGGUAACAAAAAGAUAGAAUGGAGAACUACAGAAAUAUAAGAGACAAACUUCUUAUCGCUCGUAACGCUUAUACGAAUUGCAUGUCUGAAUGGGAAUUUAUCGCACAGAGGUGCGAGGACAAUAACCAGAUCUAAAAAGAGCAUUAUUAUUUUCGCUGUGUCGCGACGCGUAAUGACAUUAUAACGUAAAAGUAGGUAAAAGUGAUUAUAUACGUAAUUCGAUAUAUCGGGAAAUGUCAAUUUCCCGUCGCGGAAAAGAAACUCCGAUAACUUAAAUGAUUUUGAUGUCUCCACUGUUCCUCAAAGUUUCUUCUAUAAGUCUCGCGGUCCCGCGCGCAACAACAAUUUACGAUGGUUGGUCGAGCAAUCGAGAUGUCCUUUAUCGUGACAAUCACAAUUUCCUGCAAUUCUUUUUCGUCGCGCUUCUUUGUUGAAGAUUCAAUUAACGAUGAAAAAAAAAAACGUCAAAUUCAAUGUAUCAUCGGCUAAUUUUAGAAAAUACAUAUAUACAAUUUUU